AUGAGGCUCGGCCCCGCGCUGGUGGCUCUGCUCUCCGCGGGUGUCGCCGUCCUGGUGCUCAAGCCGGCCGGGCCAGCGCCCCGGUUUGAGCAGGUGGCUGAUGGACUGCUCACGCAGUGGUGGCAGCCCGUCCCGGGGCUGCUCUCCAUCCCCGUCUCGGUCUUCCUGGCAGGGCAGGACGGCAAGUGGGUGCUGAUCGAUGCCGGCGUGCCGGGCACGCCGCGGCAGCCUCUGGCGGAGCAGCUGGUGGGCGCGCUGCAAGCCGCCAUCCCCGCAGGGAACAAGCUGGCAGCCAUCCUGGUCUCACACCACCACCCGGACCACAUUGGCGCGCUGCCGCUGCUGCUGGCAGCUUACCCCGAUGCCUCGGUGGCGUUCCAUGAAAAGGAGCAGCCGUUUCUGGUUGGGGACGAGAACUUGGUGCAGCCAGGCAGCGUGGAGGCCCGAGUGCUGCGCUGGGCGGGCCUCCUAGGCACUGCGCCGGUGCCUGCUGACCGCGCCCACGCCUGGGAGGGCCCACUGGCCGACCUGCGAGACUUUGGUGUGGAUGACCUGCUCUAUGUGGCCACCCCUGGCCACUCCCGCGGCCACAUCAGCGUGCUGCACCACCCCUCGCGCACCCUGCUGGCGCUGGAUGGCGUGUCGUUCGUGCGCCCCUCGCUGCGCCUCAGCGGGCCGCAGGAUGCAGGCGACGCGCGGGUUGUCCGCACCCUGAAGCCCUGGCCCUCCCUGCCGGGCCUCACGCUGCGGGCAGAGCCAAUGGUCAUCUGCCAGAGAAGAGCGGGCUGCGACCGGGAUCGGGCCAUGAUAUCCCUGUGCCUGCUGGCCGACGCUAUGGAUUACGACCGGGUGCUUGCUUCCCACGACCUGGCAGCAGGGAACAGCGUCGGCGGCGGCUGGACGCAGGAUAAGAUGAUUGCCAUGGCAGCUACCCUGCCCGAGUGCAUGCGGGACAGCGGCCACACCGACAACCACGGGCAUCCGGAUCGGCAGCUGUUGGAUGGGGAGGAGGAGGAGGUUUUUUUUGAUGGGGCCGGCGACGAGGAGGCGGUUGGGAGCGAGUUUGGAGGCGGGGAAGAGGAGGAGCAGGAGACCGAGGCAGAUGACGAUGGUGUUGGUGCUGAUGGGCUUGCGGAGGAGGAGGGCGGUCCAUACGAGUGA